GGUCAGUGGAAGAUACCUGGUAUUAUGCAGGCAAACCUAAGAUAAAACAGUAUUUGGUAGAGGUACCUCUGGGAUUUGUUGUCCAGUCACAGCCAGCACAGGUCAGAUAGCUGGUAGGAGAAGCAGAGAGGUUCAAGGUUCAAGUGAUUGCAACUUGGCAGGUAUCGGGAGUAAUUCCCUGCAGGAGGGCAGUGAGUAAUUCCACAGUUGUGCCUGCACAUGAAACUGGACCAAAUCCUUGGGAAGAAGAUAAGGAAAAGCCAAAGGUGAAUGUGCUCUUGUUAAUACACACACAACUGGGCAGGUCAGGUAUUCUUGUAUAAAUCACACCCACUUUUAACUAGACACUUCCAGAAGGAGGAACUUUCAUCAAGAGAACUGAUCCACUAAAAGUUUGACAGCUGCACUGAAGGGGGCUGCCUUGAUAAAAAUAAUGCUGCAUUCAGCACUGGCUUUACCACUCCUGUUAAUUGCAGUCUCUUCCAACUUCGCAAUGGCAAUCAAAAAGGGAAAAAGAGCUCCACAGACGCUGUCAAGAGGCUGGGGAGAUGAUAUUACUUGGGUGCAAACUUAUGAAGAAGGGCUUUAUCACUCCAAAAAAAGUAACAAGCCACUCAUGGUCAUUCAUCAUUUGGAGGACUGUCAAUACUGUCAAGCACUCAAGGCGGCUUUUGCUGAAAGUGAUGAGAUACAAGAAAUGGCUCAAAAUAACUUCAUUAUGCUGAACCUCAUGCAUGAAACCACAGAUAAGAACUUGUCACCUGAUGGACAAUAUGUACCUCGAAUCAUGUUUGUAGACCCAUCUCUCACAGUAAGAGCUGAUAUCACUGGAAAAUACUCUAAUCGACUUUACACCUAUGAACCUCAAGAUGUACCAUUCUUGAUAGAGAACAUGAAGAAAGCACUCCGUCUCAUUCAAACCGAACUAUAAUUAACAGCAGUUGAAAACAUCAUAGCCU